GAUGACGCUGUCGACUCUAACAGAAACUUUUCAAAAGCGGGAGCGAGCCGCGCGGGGCGGAUGAGCUUUCUUUCGGCAUUCGUGUUUUGUGUUUUCGUUGCUCUACCAGCAGAAUACAUUUGAUGGUCUGAGAAGCAGGACAUGCGUGGAACAUAUUGUGCUGUUAUUCUGCUCGAGUCGUUUUGUUUACAACGUUAAGGAAGCUUCGUCACUUGCUUCGGUACUUUUGGCCGUAGGUAAUCCUGAAUUGAAACACCUGCCUGCUCGUCACAGACAUGAAUUCGGCCGUGCCUUCAUGUGUCCUGCCACCUGGAGCUCCGGACGUACCUCUGCUAUCGCGACAGGCUACGGCUACUGCUAUUUCUCUCCGUAGGACCGUCCCAAAAGAGCGGACUGUGGCAGCCUCCGCUAAAAAAUCCCGAGGUGUCCGGACUCCGCCAAAGAAGCCGGCGGCCACCCCUCCAGCGCUCCCCGCUAACAGAGCCGCGUCUCGCAAACCAGAGCAGCCAGCUGCACCUUUGCCUGUCAGUCUGCUCACGAGGGAUGAGGCAGCUUUGCACGGACCUCAGAAUCCUCGUCUUUCGCCGUUCCUUCAGGUGAAGCAGAAAGAUUCUGAGCAGUUGGACAGAAAUGGUUUCUUCAAAGUACCACCAGAGGGCGGGAAUGACGUACUGAUCUCACAGUAUUCUGCUGGACAGAAGGAAGCGGUGAGGGCAGCUAUUAAAAACAGAUCUCAUGGCGGCCCUUUGAAAAAAGAAGUAAAGGUGCAGCUUUUACAGACGCAGGCUUCUGAAAAGCAAAGAGGAAUGGCACACGUGAAACAAGAUGCCAGUGACACUGCUGAUGCCAUCCCACUUCAUCAGGCUCGUGCGUUGAGCUCUGCAGUCCAUGCCAGUGUCAACCUCCAUCCAGCGGUUCCACUGGCAACACAAGGGGGCUCAUUUUCUGCUUCAGGACCUGCUCGGCACCAGUUGCCUGGCAACCACAUCCAGGAUAUGCAUCAUGGAGGUCCGAGCUCAUCUUCUGUGUUCACAGCAGCCAAAGGGAUUUAUGAUUCCAGCAAAACCAUCACAAAUAUUUCCCCGGUGGAACCUCCAGCUCCACGUCGAUUUGCACCUGUGCCAAUGCCAAAGGAGGACAAGCUGCACAGUAACAAAGACAAGCCAGGAAGCGGGAGACCUUUGGAAGAGAUCUUUGAUCAGGAUGUUCCAGCGACACCACCGACACAUUUCGGGAAGGGAAGGAGUGCUGCCAUGGAAGCUGUGGACAACUCCCCUGAUAGACACAGUUCCAGCAGACAACUGAAGACAUUAGCUCAGGAUGCCCCCUUGCCCAAUCUGCGUAAGGAUGCCGCUACCCACACAGGACAAACAAACUGCAAACAUGUGCUUUGUGACUGCAGCAGACUGAACAUUGAAAUGCCAAGGCUGCUACAGGCUGUCACACCACAGGACGACCUGCCGCAACUUCCGCAGCCGUCUUUUCUCAAGAAAGCCCAAAUGCCUGAGUCGAUGUUUGAAGAUGUCAAGCGGACACUAACCGAGGUGGAGAAGAAGCGUCGAAUUUUGGAGGAGAACCUGGAUGCUAUCAUGCGGGCAAGAAGUGGAGACAUACUGCACUCGUACCUGGACGCCUUGUCUAACAACAGGGAUCCCACAGAAGAGGUUCGGAUCAAGAAGACGGUGGAUGCGUGGAUCAAUAUUAUCAAUAAGCAAAUCCAGGACGAAUUUGCUUCAGAAGAGAAUUUAUUAAAAAAGCAAGGAAGGAAGACAGAAGCACCUGUGCCCCCCUCUCAGAAAAGUACAGGAUCUACAGAAACGACUUCACUCAAAGAUGUGUCCCAACCAAAAAAACAGAUGAAAGCAGCUACAAGGGAAUGGAAAACUCCAAGUAAUGGUGGCAUCCAUAAAGCAGUUAAGGAGCCGCCUGAGAAGAGUACUGUACUGCAGAAAACUACACAUCGGAUGCCACUGAUGAAGGUGCCAUUUCGUGGGCCAAAGUCAGAGAUGGAGGCUGAGCAGUACCUUGAAAGAGUUUAUGGGAAAGCUCUUUAUCAAGGCCAUCGCAGCUCCCUCAAGAAAGGCCCAUAUCUGCGCUUCAGUUCUCCUUCGCCCAAAAGUAAACCUCUAAGGCUUCGAGUGGUGGAGAGCGUCAAAGGCGUCAAGAUGAAGUCUGCUCGCACCCAGACGAGUUCCAUUCCUGUUAAAACACAUGUCAGGCAACAUCUGCCAGAGAAGCCCACGGAGCGGGGUGUCAUCGAAUCUUCAUCAGCCAAAGGCCCAUACGAGAGCCCACUGAUGCCAGUGGCUAUUCCUUUAGGGAAGCCCAUCAUUGGCGGCUGGGUUGCUCCACCUGCUGGUUCCAGACCUCAGAAAAGCGUAACAGUAACACUGUCUGUGCCACCAUCACCACCGAGGAGUCAAGUGAAGAAAGCCAGCGUUGCCGUGGUACACAUGAAGUCUGAGCAGAAGGAACCUCCCCAUUUGACAGUGCAGGUGCUGCCAAAUGUGGACAUCGACAGCGUCUCCAGUGAAAGCACAACGCCAACACCUCCUCCUGCUCACGUGGACAUGAAGUCUCCUGUCCAAACGGAGGUUGAAGAAGAGCCAGUCGGCUUUCCCGGAUCUAAUUUUGUUGCUGUCAUUGAUACCACACAGCUGGAGUCUGAAGAUGAGGGAGACUUUCCAAAGAGCAUUGAACUUCACGGAGACACAGGUCCUAGCGCUGCUCCAUACCAUGGGCCAGUCUUCCCACCGCCCGCUGCUGUAGUCUCAUCAGCUCGUCAGGAUCUGGCCGAAGAAAGGAACGAGCACAGCAAGACGCUGGAAAGUCAGCUGGUGGACUUAGUGGAGAAGGAGAUCUUGGCGCAAGUGAUUGCUCACAUGUAUCCUGCUGACCAGCCUCCAGAGUUGGACAGCAACGCAGAUGAAGACAGUGUGGCUUCAGACAUUGUGGAAGCUGCAGGAGGUGCUGGCCUGCAACUCUUUGUGGAUGCUGGACUGCCAGUGGAUUCGGAUCUGAUCCGGCAAUUUGUGAACAAAGCAGUGGAGGAGAUUGUCGCCAUUAUGUUGGGGCAGAGAGAAGGCGUGAGCAGAAGUCGGACUCCCCCACCAUCAAACAGCAGAGUAGUCUCCCCGAUAUCUGUGAUUGCAACUCCAAUACCAACACCACAGCAGAGCCCAAGGCAUACUCCCUCUCCUCCACCCAGAAUGCCAACCCCUGUCAGAACCCCUGACAAUUCGGAGGAAGAAUCCACACAGGAGCCUGAGGACACACAGGAUGUCUCACUUCAUGCCCUAGCCCAAAGAGAAGAAGAAGAAGCACCAUUCAUUGUGGAAACACCGGCAUGUACUCCAGUGCCAUCUCCAAGAGUUCCAACUCCAUCUUCACCUUCGAUAUCGGAAAAGACUCCCAGUCCAGUGCCUUCUCCUCAUCCUAGUAAUGCUUGGGAGAAUGCUGAGCUGCCCCUGGAAGAAGAAGACCCCAGAGCUGAGAGUCCACGUUCCCAGAAACCAGUUGAGAUGUCUGUAGCUGUUGAUGAAGAGCCGCAUAGUCCCAUUCCACCUUUACCACUACCAGAACACUCUCCAUCACCUGAAGUACCAGUUUUGAUCAAACGCACCGAGAGCCCUCCUGAGUCUGCAUCUUCAGAGGAGAGCAGCGCUUCCCUGUCGGGCACAGAGACCGAGACUGAGAGCGCGGGCCGGAACAUCUCGGAGGGCGAGAUCCUCUUCAGCUCUGGGCAGAUGCAUGCAGCGAGAGCUUUUGCUGAAGAAGGAGUGAUUUUGCCAAAUCACAAUGAAAGCCUGUCCAGUUCUUUACGUGAUGCCCAUGACAUGGAUUAUGACCCUCCAAGUGAAGGACAGGUGAUUAGGAAGCCACACUACAAAAGUCACCGUGACCCUGUACUCUCUCUCCUGGUCAAAAUGAACCAGGGCCAGAUUGUUCAGCAGCAACAGCAGCAGCAGAUGGACUUCAGUGAGGACAGCAGCGUCGGAGAGGUCAGCGAGGGACAGAGGCCAAGGCUGACUAGAGCAGCGGAGGUCGUCAUGACUGGGCACUCUCUCUUGAAGCCCAGGCCUAUGCCGAGCAAACGAGCAAGUGAGCUGAGAGAGCGGCGACCUGCAUCACCUGGCCAGUGCAGUGCAGAAGCAGAUGUAGGCCGUGAUUCUGUGGCAUUUGAGGGGAGCCAGGGCCCCAUGAGUCUGCAUGAACUAGAAGAUGAGCCUGGCACUGUGUCUCAGGACGACCAGGUUCUGGAAAUGUCUGAAGGAGAGCACAGAGGUGCGCCGAUUCAAGUGAAGCCUUACGAUAGUCAAAUUCAGGUCUCCGAUAAUUCAGAAUCCCCAGACGAGGGCAUCGCUACACACCAGAAGGUUGGCCUGAAGAUGGCGCUGACACUGCCUUCUGCGCACACCGAGGAGCAAAGUGAAAGCCCCAGCGCGCUGGAGAGUGACACAGACACGUCUGCUGGUGACAUCUUUUGAUUGUAAAGUCUGUGCCAUGACCUGGCACUGUCCUCUCCAUUUUUGUUCUUUCCUGCUCUCACUUUAUCCUUUUAUUCUUUUCUACAUCUGCACUUUUAAUUAAUAAAACACAUUUUUCUUUUU